AAGGUGCCCGCAACGAUGCAUCUAUACCUCCUUUCAUCCGUCUCUCUCUUUUUGUUCCAUCCAUCCAUCGCUGUUCCCUUCAUCGCUCUCCUCUCUUCCCUCCUCGAAAUGGUUCUUCUACUCUACCCCUUCCUUCUCCUUCUAUUUACCGUCAAUUGCCACGGAGGCAAUUCCGAUCUCGACUGUCCUUUCUUAGAAGGCAGCAGCAGCGGCGCCGGCUAUCUUGUCGUCAAAGAGUCCAACGCGACGAACGUGAGUUCGCCCCUGCUUCCGCCUCCGACUCGCCGAUCGUGGACUCAGGACGACUCGGACACGAUCCUCGAACUCGCCAGGCGUCGAGAGACGGUGGACUGGUUGAAGGGCUUGAGGAGGAGGAUCCACGAGAAUCCGGAGCUCGCCUAUGAGGAGGUCGAGACGAGCCGUCUGAUCAGGGAUGAACUCGAUCGGAUGGACGUGAAUUACCGGUUCCCAAUGGCAGAGACAGGGCUCAAGGCUUCGAUUGGCACUGGUGGGCCGCCUUUCGUCGCCAUAAGAGCCGAUAUGGAUGCUCUACCGAUUCAGGAAGCUGUUGAAUGGGAGCACAAAAGCAAAAUUCCUGGUAAGAUGCAUGCAUGUGGGCAUGAUGCUCAUGUAGCAAUGCUUAUAGGAGCCGCUAAGAUAUUGAAGACCCGCGAGCAUAUUCUAAAGGGAACUGUUAUACUUCUUUUUCAGCCAGCAGAGGAAGCUGGGGUAGGUGCUCAGAGAAUGAUUGAAGAUGGUGCUCUGGAGAAUGUAGAGGCUAUAUUCGCUGUUCAUGUAUCACAUGAACAUCCUACUUCAUUCAUCGGGUCUAGGCCUGGUCCCUUGCUCGCUGGAUGUGGCUUCUUCCAAGCGGUGAUAAGUGGAAAAGAGGGCCGUGCUGGGAAUCCACACCAUUCUGUUGACCCUAUUUUGGCUGCUUCUGCUGCAGUAAUCAGUUUACAGAACAUCGUGUCUCGUGAAGCAAAUCCAAUGGACUCACAGGUCGUUUCAGUGGCUUCAUUUAAUGGAGGCGAUAAUCUAGACAUGAUUCCCGAAUCCGUUGUCAUUGGAGGCACCUUCCGGGCUUUCUCCAACGCAAGCUUCUACCAACUUCUGCAACGGAUAGAGGAGGUCAUUGUAGAACAAGCCAGUGUGUACAGAUGCACAGCGACCGUUAAUUUCUUUGAGAAGGAGCAUCAUAUAUACCCACCCACAGUGAACGACGAGGAGAUGUAUGAGCAUGUGAAGAAGGUGGCUGUUGAUUUGGUGGGCCCUGAGAACUUCAGGGUGGUGCCUCCAAUGAUGGGUGCUGAAGACUUCUCCUUCUAUUCGGAGGUUGUUCCUGCAGCCUUCUUUUACAUUGGUGUGAGGAACGAGGAGUUGGGGUCAAUUCACACUGGCCAUUCUCCUUAUUUCAUGAUCGAUGAAGACGUUCUUCCAACAGGGGCUGCCGUUCAUGCUGCAAUAGCUGAAAGAUACCUCAAUGAGAUUGGAUGAGAUCCACAUUCCAUGACUCAGGAAAAAAAAUGAUAGUCCUAUGAGGAGACUAGGAAGGUGGUUAGGAAGGUGGUGGGGAUGGUCGUCUAUGUUCGCUGAAGUAUGGUGGUGAAAACAGUGUUAGAAGUUAUUGGGGAUUCCUCCAUGCCCAUGUGUAAGCAAGGACGGUUAAAAGGAAGAGAAAUGACCAUCGCCCCCAUUAAAGGAGAAUGGUGUAACGAUGUAUAUUGCAUUCUUAUUUGUAUGGUACUUGAUGAAGCAAUUGAAGUUCGCCAUUGUUCUGUUU